CUGUGCUUAUCGAUUGUUGCCGUGCGAACCAAGUAAACAGCCCACUUCCAAGUUCACGCUCACGCCGCGCAUCUCUAACGACUGCGACGCUGGCAAAGGUGUGAAAAGCCGACGCCCAUCAACAAAUCUCUAAAUCAUCCAAAAAAUCAUUCAAGUCAUUGACCCAAAUCUUCUCCAAGCUCCUGAAAUCCAACAAUAGCCGUUUUUCUGUCAUAAAAUUCCAGUUGCCAUGGUGCUCCUCACCUCCUCCCAAGUCUCCGUUCUCAUCUCCUCAGCCAUCGUCGUCUCAUGUACUGCGGCCCUCUUCCUUAGCGGCUACGUAAUCCAACAGCGCACCCUGAGCCAGCUGCGCGAAGCCAUCAAGCCCGAAUCGCGACCCUCCCCAAAGGCGUCGUACUACGUUCCCGAACACCUAAAGGACGCAGCAGGCAACAAACAGAAUGUGCCGCUUUACGGUGCGAACGGGAAGCAGGAGCAGAUCAUCAUCGAGGUGAACCCUACGGUACCCGAGAAGCAACAACAGAAGCAGCAGCAGCAGCAACAGACGAAGAAGCAAAAGGCUGGACAAAAGUCCGCGGGAUGGACGUCCGACAUGUGGCAAAAGAUGACGGGCCCGCCGGAAAAGGAGGACAAGGGCGGGGUCAGCAGGGAAGAUCUGGAGAAGAUGAACGAGAGGGAGAGGAAUAUCAACGGGUGGAACGUCAAGGACCAGGCGAACCCGGACCCCGAAGCGUCGAACCAGAAGCCUAUUAGCCGGGCCGAGAGGCGGCGGCUAAUCAAGGAGGAGCUGAGGCGUUUGUCGGAAAGCGAAGAGAGGGUUUACUACCAGCGACGACUGUGGUAGAUACGACGUUGGAUGGGAUAUAUGCGGCAUAGGAAUUGCGUUUCCAUGGGAAUACAUACGGGAACUCUGGCGUUAUUGGUUUCUGGGAGGUUGAUCAUGAGGGAUGUUAACGAAUUCGAUAUAUAUAGGUCGAUCAUAUAUACUCAUAUAGAUGGGAGACGUUUAACAGAAGCAAACGAAACGAAUGAAAGUGCUGGACCCAAUCAACAUGAGUUUUGUAUUGUUGUGCCGAUGAGACUACUCGAUAACCAUGUGCCGAACGGUCGUUUUCAUCAA